CCCUCGACGUUGACCGGAUCCUCGUCUGUGCCACCAAUUCCGAUGUUAUACCCUGUCGUUCAUGUCCUAGCUCAACCCCGUCCCUACUAGAUGGUCCGACCGGCCUCCACGAGCGUGGCAGUCCUCCUCCCCGGCUCGUGCGAGGCGCGCCUCGUUGUUUUCGCAUGCGAAGGAUGGGGUCCGGAAGUCCUGCCCGUAUUGAAAGUGCGUGGCUUGGGCACAGCACUAGCUCUAUCCAGAGUCCUUAAGUGCGCCCGGGAGGAGAAUGGGCAUUCCUGCUGGUCCUGGAAGCGCUCUGUCCACGGAGGUAUCAGUCCAGGAUCGCAACGCGCUGCCUCAGUACGGCUUCGGGCCGGAUGUCGAGUUUGACAAGCUCGUCAGCAGCAAUCCCUUUCUCUUUCGGGUGCACACACCGCGCGAGCUCUCCCCGUUCUAUGACCGAACAGACCCCUACUUUGUCGGCCCACGUUUCGAGGAGGACUUCGCCUCGUCCAGCUUCUCGUCCCAGAAGUCAUCGUCCUCGCCGUUCCGCAGUCCACCUGAACCCACAUAUGCCGACGCUGUACAACAUAUGGACUGGACGACCCGCUCGUCGUCUCCCUAUGUGUCGACAUCUUUCAGUUUCGCAUGGGCUAUCUGGGAGGCAACGAGGAGAUAUCACCAUAACAUGAAGCAUUCCGUGGAGAUCGCGAUCAUAGAUGCCCGCGUUGUCGCAGGACGCGCGGUCACGGCGGUCGAGCUGCUCAGGCAAGCGGCUCCGAAAGACCGUCAUGCUGACCACUGGAAGUGGUACCGAUUUGCCCUGGAGGCGCAAGACGUCCUCGUGUGGGGCUACGUCCCUGGCACGGCUGUUCUCGCCUCCGUUCCUCUGACGCAGAUAUUCCCGAAGCUCCCCUCCUACUUCCUCCAACCCGAUGCACCCACUCCCAUCGAUGGCAAGGACACGCCCCUCUCACGGCUUGCCUGGGACUUCACCCGCAAGAAGCCAAGCUACCGCCAGUUCUGCCAGGACAUGUCCGACCGCUUCCUGCGCAUGCCUGUCGACCGCCGCACCCGGGACACAACCGCAGGCGCUGUCCGCCUCGCGCUCUGCCAUCUGCGUCCGUGGUUCCACCGGCUCGCGCUCGAGGACUUCACGACCGCGACCGUGACGGCGUGCGAGCUCGCGUUCGUCAUCUCGCGCUGGAGCGGGCAGUGGUGGGUGCGGGAGCACCCCGAGAUCCAGGGCCUCGUCCGGUGCAUGGUGCACAUCGUCGGCGAGGAGGUGCGCGAGGCGCGCAGGGUGCAGGCCCUCGCGGACGCGACGCGCAUGCAGGAGAUCGUCGGCGGGCUGGAGCAGCUCGCGCAGCGAUACCAGAUGCGCGAGCGGAUGCGCAGGUGCCUCCCGCCGAGCACGAAGGCGACGCCCGUCGAGACGAAGCCCGCGUUCGAGCUGCCCGCACCCGCUGCCACCACCACUGUCAUGGCCCUGUCCCAGCUGGACGUGGAGAAGGCGGAGGCUGGCUUCGCGGGGGAGCAGGCGGAGGCAGACGAGGCGGCGCCCGGGGACGAGUCCAGGACGGACGCGUUCGCGUGGUCCGCGUCUUGUCUGCUGACAGGCAUCUUCAUUGGCACGUUCUUCACCCUCUGCCUUCUCGCGCCCGACCGGAGGACCUUGGCACACCAUCUCGUAUGAGGCGCCUCGGCCGCUUCGCGAAGCCAACCCCUUGCUCGCUCGCCCACCCGAUAUGCCUUAUCAUCGCCUCACUCACAUAUGCCGCCUAUGCGCCUGCCGUAUGCCCCCAUCUCAAUCUUCGUCUACUUGGGCUGUUGACGCUUCUGCCUGAACUUAACCCUAACUUAUCGCCUUCGUUCGUUUGCUUUGAAUGUACCAA